AUGUCGACUUAUUCGCGCUAUUUGAGCGCUUCUACUCUCGCCCCAAUUAUUUCUGUAGGCGCCGAAACUCAUCAGCGCUCACCACCAGCUCGUCGGAAACGGUCAUUCGACGACCUUCUUUUGCCCUCUUUGCCGUUCGAAACCCCACAUUGUCUCUACCACGACAGCACCUACCUUCUCCAGCGCGCCGUCAUUGACCCUCUCCCUCAGAACAAAAGGGCACGCACCGCGCCCGCGUCCCCCGUGGGUGUCGACCAUUUGACGCCCAAAGCGUCGCCGCUAUCACUCAAAGCCAGCAUCAAUUAUGCUCCCAUAGCUCCAUCUCCCUCGAGCAUUAGCGCUGCCAGCCAUCCUGUAUCGAAUUCGCAGCAACUUACCGGCAGUCAGCACUACAAUCCACCCACAUCCUCUUCUAUUCCAAAAGAAUCAUUUUACAGUGCAUCGUCUUUGACCUUGGCAUCUUUGAAUCAAAGAAAUCGCAGCGAAUCUGAUAGCGACGAUUUUCCAAAUAUCUCUCAAACCUACAACUGUGGUCCUCUUCCUUCGCUCAAACACUUGCACUUAUUGCCUAAUCCUAAUAUUCAAGAACACGCCUAUCGCUAUCCUGACACAUCUGAGAAGACUCCAUUAUGGCGAGAAAGCUUGAUCAAUUGGUGUAAAAGGCAAAAUUACCACGAUUAUGUUCAAAUCAACAAAGAGCUUCGCGAAUGCGCGCCCAAUGCUUCUGGUCUCAAUAUGCUUGCAAACGUUGCAUCUUUAUCUCGAAAUGUGCCCUCGAUAUUGAGUCCACCAGACGAAUUCCUUGGAUUAUCAAAUGCGACACCACGAUGGGAAGUCGUAACACCACCUAUGAGUCCUCGCAGCGCUUGUGCAACUUCCAAAAACUCUCCCGUAUUCACACCUGCAGUAAGUGACAAACUAGUACAGACGGUCAAAGAGAGAAGAACUAAAGCGCACAAGAAAACCAAUAGCUUCAAGGCUCGAGAGAUGAAAAAGUUGCUGAACGACAGAGAUAUUUUAUCCAUCGAUUCUAAAGGUAAAGUUGCCAAAGCAAGACGAAGCAGGACGCGCAGUGUGCCCUCUUCGCCACAGCAAUUCGUGAUCAAGCUUGGUGGCUUAACGUCACCCAAAAGCCUAACCAAAAGUUCUCCCAGGGAUUUCGUUCAUGGUCAGGAAGUCCUGCGGGCCGAAUUAACGCCCGUCCGCAGCAGGACUCCGCCAAGAACGCAAACUCUCAUGAUAAAUGGACCGCACACGCCAAACACAAGCAUAUCUACAAUUUCCUUUCCCGCUGGUGCUGAUGCUGAUGCUGAUACUGAUGCUGAAGUCACUCGCACUCCCAUCACCGAGACGCCUGUCGCUGCAACUAGGAAAAUGUCGUCGCCGAAACGCUCAUCUGCCCGAACCUGUAUUUCCUGCCUUGCAACGGAUUCGCCGUGUUGGAGGCCAUCAUGGACAAAUAAAAAACAAGAUCAGUUAUGCAACUCUUGUGGUCUUCGCUACAAAAAGACGCAAACAAGAUGCCUGAACGAAUCUUGCCGCAAAAUUCCCUCCAAGGGCGAGCUUGCAAUCAUGAAAGCAAAUGGAGUGCUUACCCGAAUUAGCCCUGAUGGAAAUGUAAGCAGAGGUCUCGGCUGUUUGUUUUGUAAUAGCAUUGUCGAGACCAAAGACUGGCAUGUUCAUCGAUAA